CCUCGGAGUGCAGCUGGUGGUGACCCUGCUCACUGCCACCCUCAUGCACAGGCUGGCGCCGCACUGCUCCUUCGCGCGCUGGCUGCUUUGCAACGGCAGUCUGUUCCGAUACAAGCACCCCUCGGAGGAGGCGCUGCGGGCUCUGGCGGGGAAGCCGCGGCCGAGAGGCAGGAAGGAGCGGUGGGCCAAUGGCUUUAGUGAGGAGAAGCUGUUGUCAGUGCCCCGAGACACCCCAUUCCAGCUGGAGACCUGUCCCCUCACGGCUGUGGAUGCCCUCGUCCUGCGCUUCUUCCUGGAGUACCAGUGGUUUGUGGACUUUGCCGUGUACUCGGCUGGCGUGUACCUCUUCACCGAGGGCUACUACUAUGUGCUGGGUCCUGCCAAGGAGACCAACAUCGCCGUGUGCUGGUGCCUGCUCACUGUGGCUUUCUCCAUCAAGGUGUUCCUGAUGGUGACUCGGCUGUACUUCAGCGCUGAGGAGGGGGGUGAGCGCUCCGUCUGCCUCACCUUCGCCUUCCUGUUCCUGCUGCUGGCCAUGCUGGUGCAGGUGGUGCCGGAGGACACCCUUGAGCUGGGCCUGGAGCCAGGCCUGGCCAGCAUGACCCAGAACUUGGAGCCACUUCUGAAGAAGCAGGGCUGGGACUGGGCGCUCCCUGUGGUCAAGCUGGCCACUCGCGUGGGGCUGGCAGUGGUGGGCUCCAUAUUGGGUACAUUCCUCACCUUCCCUGGCCUGCGGAUGGCCCAGACCCAUCGCGACGCACUGAUCAUGUCAGAGGACCGGCCCAUGCUGCAGUUCCUCCUGCACACCAGCUUCCUCUCUCCCCUGUUCAUCCUGUGGCUCUGGACGAAGCCCAUUGCACGGGACUUCCUGCAGCAGGCACCCUCUGGGGGCACACCCUUCUCCCUGCUGUCGGACUCGGCCUUCGACUCAGUGCGCCUCUGGGUGCUGGUGGCGCUGUGUCUGCUGCGGCUGGCGGUGACCCGGCCCCACCUGCAGGCCUACCUGUGCCUGGCCAAGGCCCGCGUGGAGCAGCUGCAGCGGGAGGCCGGCCGCAUCGAGGCCCGUGAGAUCCAGCGGCGGGUGGUCCGGGUCUACUGCUACGUGACGGUGGUGAGUCUGCAGUACCUGACGCCGCUCAUCCUCACCCUCAACUGCACGCUGCUGCUCAAGUCGUUGGGCGGUUACUCUUGGGGCCUGGGCCCAGCCCCGGUACUGUCCCCGGCCUUGUCCUCAGCCAGCACUGUCCCCAUCGGCCCCGGGGAGGACGAGGUCCAGCAGACAGCAGCCCAGAUCGCCGGGGCCCUGGGCAGCCUGCUCACGCCUCUCUUCCUCCGCGGAGUCCUGUCUUCCCUCAUCUGGUGGACAGCCGCCUGCCAGCUGCUCUCCAGCCUCUUUGGCCUCUACUUCCACCAGCACUUGGCCGGCUCCUAGGUGGUUGCAGACUCUGCUGGGGCCCCGAAGGAUGGUCCUGGGCCAGCAGGACAUGGGCUUCUCCCUUGGUGUGUGCCCAGAGUUCCAGCAAGAUGGGGCUGGUGCUCCUCACCGUCCCGUUCACUGCAGUGCCUGAGCCGUGGCCCCCCUUGGAUCCCGCGUUUCUGCCUCAAAACUCUCCCCUGGGCCCUGCGGCAGGGAGGGUCCCACAGCCAAUGUCACUGAAGUGACGUGCUAGUACUGGGUUUGAGCAAGGGCUGCUCUUCUGGACAAAUAAAAGAGCAGGCCGAUUUUUACAAACGGCAUCUGAGUGGUUUGGAAGGUGAGUGCUGCAGGGUAGUGGCUUCCUGAAUGUGUGGCACCGCCUGGGUGCAGGGGGUGGCCCUGGAGGCCUGGAGAGCAGAGCGGGACUGAGGCGGUAAGCAAACGCCUGAAGUAGAGAGGAGAGAAGGGUGAGAAGAAAUUCAAGAGUCCUGAGGAAGAGCUGGAGGAGAUCAGAAAUGGAGGGGGAGUCAUAGCUGAGAGGAAAGGUGGGUGGAGGGAGGGAGGACCGGAGAGGUGAGCACCAUGAGGAAGAGCAGGGAGAAAACCAGAAGGGAAAAGAAUCACAGGAGAGAAAUGGGAGGGAGGUGAGCCGGUGGUGCCGUGGCCGUCAGCCCCACGUGCACAGGUGACUGCCUUCCUAUAAAGGUCACCUGCAGGCAGAUGGGCACAUUGAGGCCACGGGGACCGCGGGGAAUAGACGUGGGGCUGUCAAGCACCCUGGAAUGUCCUGUUGCUCUGACGGUGAGGUGAGACACUGGUGUGUGUGCACAUGUGUGUCAUAACAUACAGGUGGAUUAUGUAACUUUUCUGUAUAUGUAAAAUGUUAAGAAUAAAACAGAUGAGUCACAGCCACUUCCGUCACCAGGAUGGGAGCCCAAGGCCUCUGAGUGGCUCUCAUGUUUCAAACUC